CUAGAAGUGCUGUGUUUUCUGUGGCUUGACUGGCUUGACCUCAGCGGUACUCAACCACUAGCCACAGUAGCCUUGUAAGAAGACGGGGUACGUACUUACCUAGUGGAUACUUGCAUCACACUUUGGAGGGCACCUUCCAGACAGCAUUGUACGCGUCGGAGCUCUUGCCUAGCUACUACCUGGGUAGCCUUAGUUUACAGCCCUGCCCUUUCCAGCAAUCAAUUCGCAGCAUCCAGUCUUCUCAACUUCGAUAACCAACUAACAAACAAUCCCACCAAGAACCCACAUCCGCCGGUUUCCUUCCAUCAAUUAACCUAAAUACCCAAAGCUAGAGAAAUCAACCCGCUUGACGAUUUCUCACGGCCGGAUUUCCCAACAUGUCUCGCCGUUACGAUUCCCGAACUACUAUCUUCUCCCCAGAAGGUCGCUUGUAUCAGGUCGAAUAUGCCCUCGAGGCUAUAUCUCAUGCCGGAACUGCGAUCGGAAUCCUGGCUAAGGAUGGUAUCGUCCUCGCCGCCGAACGUAAAGUUACGUCGAAGUUGCUAGAGCAAGAUACGUCGGCAGAGAAGCUUUACAUCUUAAACGACAACAUGAUUUGUGCGGUAGCUGGCAUGACGGCCGAUGCGAACAUCCUCAUCAACUAUGCUCGACAAGCCGCCCAAAGAUACCUCCUAACUUAUAACGAGGAUAUUCCAUGCGAACAGCUGGUGCGAAGACUAUGCGAUCUCAAGCAAGGAUAUACUCAACACGGUGGACUGCGGCCGUUUGGUGUAUCCUUCAUCUACGCGGGAUGGGACCCCCAGCGACAGUUCCAACUUUACCUGAGCAACCCCUCAGGUAACUAUGGCGGCUGGAAGGCCACAAGCGCCGGCGCCAACAAUGCGAGCGCCUCAAGCUUGUUGAAGCAGGACUACAAGGAGGAUUGCACGCUAAAAGAGGCCUGUGGUAUGGCAGUUAAGGUACUGAGCAAGACCAUGGAUUCUACCAAACUGAGUAGCGAGAAGAUCGAAUUUGCGACGGUGGGACAGACCAAGGAUGGUAAGAUCUACCACCGUCUUUGGAGCGCGGACGAGAUCACUGCGCUCUUGAAGGAGCAUGAUCUAGCAAAGGACGAGAGCGCGGAGGAUAAAUAAGCAAGAAAUCUAGAUGCCCGGAUGUCUAGAACCCAGGCCCCGUAGACUUGAGUUUACGUGGAGUCGAUAGUGUAUCAAUACAACUUCCAAUGAGAGCACUAUCCAGACAUGAGACCAACACAUCGUCGUGGUCAACAUGACAAGCUCAUGGCACUAUGAAGUCGCGACUGCUUGGCUUGCUCUCUGAACUGGACUUAAUUAGGUACCUACUAGUUAGGAACGCCAAGUCUGAAUCCCAUAAGAGUUCAUAAAUGACGACAGUCUCUAACGUUA